CACACACACACACAGACCUCUCUGGAUUUCUUUGCCUUGAGUCUCCCGGAGCUGUGAGGAACCAGGCGCAUCUCAAACCGAGCUGGCAGCUCCAGGCUCCAGAGCCAUGCCCUGCACGAACCCUCAUGCUCACCAAGCUCCUGAGGAAUGAAACGAACCCAGGGACCCUCAGAAGGCAGCAGUGAUGUGGACCAACCCCCUGGAGCCUGCACCCUUCCGAGGGCCAUAGGCGACCCAGGGAACUGGAGAGAGCUCCAGACAGGAAAUCCCAGCUUUCCCAAAGUCCCUGUGGAUGCUGACAAAAGGAGACCUGAAUUUUUGGAAGGGCCUGUCCUAGGUUACCCAGCUGCAGAGUGAUUUUCCCCUCUGGCAUUGAACCUCCCUCUCCAACCCCCAGCCAUCUAGAGUACCAUGAAGAAUUAUGAGGAUGUGUGACAGAGGAAUCCAGAUGUUGAUCACUACUGUGGGAGCCUUCGCAGCUUUUAGUUUAAUGACCAUUGCAGUGGGCACGGACUACUGGUUAUAUUCCAGAGGAGUGUGCAGGACUAAAUCUACAAGUGAUAAUGAAACCAGCAGGAAGAAUGAAGAAGUAAUGACCCACUCAGGGCUGUGGAGGACCUGCUGCCUAGAAGGGGCUUUCCGAGGCGUGUGCAAGAAAAUUGAUCACUUCCCCGAAGAUGCUGACUACGAACAGGACACAGCUGAGUACCUCCUGCGGGCUGUGAGGGCCUCCAGCGUCUUCCCCAUCCUCAGUGUCACGCUGCUGUUCUUCGGCGGGCUCUGCGUGGCGGCCAGCGAGUUCCACCGCAGCAGACACAAUGUCAUCCUCAGCGCGGGCAUCUUUUUCGUCUCUGCAGGGUUAAGCAACAUCAUCGGCAUCAUAGUUUAUAUAUCAGCCAAUGCUGGAGACCCCGGGCAACGUGACUCCAAAAAGAGCUACUCCUACGGCUGGUCCUUUUAUUUCGGAGCCUUCUCUUUCAUCAUCGCGGAAAUUGUAGGAGUAGUCGCUGUGCACAUCUAUAUCGAAAAACAUCAGCAGUUACGCGCCAAAUCCCACUCGGAGCUCCUGAAGAAAUCUACCUUUGCCCGCCUUCCACCCUACAGGUAUAGAUUCCGGAGGCGGUCAAGUUCCCGCUCCACAGAGCCCAGAUCCCGAGACCUGUCCCCCAUCAGCAAAGGCUUCCACACCAUCCCUUCCACUGACAUCUCAAUGUUCACCCUCUCCCGGGACCCCUCAAAGAUCACCAUGGGGACCCUCCUCAACUCCGACCGGGACCAUGCUUUUCUACAGUUCCACAAUUCCACGCCCAAAGAGUUCAAAGAGUCGUUGCAUAAUAAUCCGGCCAACAGGCGCACCACGCCCGUCUGAACUGACUUCUGCCCUCUGCCUUCCACCCCCAGCACAGCCCGGUGGGAAGUGGACAGAGGUUUCUCUGAGGUUGCAUGGCAUGGUCCUCGUGAUGGUAUUACUUUUUACAAAGACUGAAACCAAAUGGACUCAGCCUUCUCCCACAGUUCGCCCCUCUCCCUCCAGGUCCUAACCCCUCUGUCCCUCCCCGACUUUUCAAGCCAAUCCCAUGACGUCUCUCUCUGUGUAUCUGUGCCAGAUGUUUUCCUUUCUUCCUUCUUUACUGGAAGGACCUCCACAUUCUUCCCUCCUUGGAAGAGGACUUUACUCAAAGUCACGGGUGGUGGCUGGCGGGGGGCAGGGGCGGGGGGGAUCUCCGAAUCCCCAGACUUGUGCAGAGUUGUCUCCAUUGUCCACUCCAAAUCCUCAGGACACCAACGGCCCAGGUGGCCCUGAGGGAGGCAUUCACCUUUCUGUGUUAGAAAAACAUGCCCAGAAAUCAAAGAUGUCAGAGCCCUGAAGCAGCUACUGUAAUAAGCACUCACGUAUUAAAGGUUUUGCCUUGUCGUAA